AUGGCACCGAUAGGGAAAAACGUGCUCACACUAACAAACAUCGAACAGUCGGAGAAUUUCACCUGUGUCGCCGUCAGUAAACUUGGAAACAUCGAAGCGACGACAUUGGUCGAAGUGAAAGCUCUUCCCCCACCUCCUCGGAACUUCAAAGUCUCUUCGGUCACAAGUGACAGCGUCACCUUGACCUGGGAGGCUCCGACGUUGGCUGAACCGGCAAUAGAGUAUGUCAUCAAGUACCGACAA